GCGGACGGUUGGUUUGACUAAAACCCGAGAAGAACAAAAACGAGACAUUUACCGCCGAAAAUUAAGUAUUUGCCUCGAAUUCAGCAAAUAUAUAAGCUUCGUGUGCUUUCACUCCGCAUAGAAAGGCAUGGAUUAAGAGGCCGUGCGGCUCAGUUUAGGUGAAAAUAAACAGGAAGUUGUUAGCGUUGUGGGACGUGUAGUUCCGCCUGCAGGCCGCUUCACAACAACGCACAGAAUAAAGAAACAACAACCAAACAAGGUAAAUUGAGUCGAGAGGCUGUGUUUUCAGGCUCGGUGUGGAGCUCAACAUGCCCGGGUUCACCUGCUGUGUCCCUGGCUGCUACAACAACUCGCACCGGGACCGGGACCUGCGCUUCUACACGUUUCCCAAAGAUACGGCGCUGCGGGAGCUGUGGCUGCGGAACAUCUCCCGGGCCGGGGUCAGCGGCUGCUUUAGCACCUUCCAGCCCACCACUGGACACAGAGUCUGCAGCGUGCACUUCGCUGGCGGGAGGAAAACAUACAGCAUCCGAGUGCCGUCCCUCUUCCCUCUGCGGGGGGUGAACGAGAGGCGAAGCCGGCGGGGUAGGGGCAGGAAAGUGUCCUCGGCGGCUCCCGCUCCCGGCGCAGCAGCGACCUCCGGGAUCGUCCUCACUAAUGUGAGUAAUGUCCUGGGCAGCACGGUAGAAGGAGCCGAGGCUAAUGCUGGCGGCGAGGCGAGCGACGACAGCAUCACCGUGGUUCAGAUAGGCCAGAACGGGGAGUACUUGGGCACGGCGCGGCUGCCCGCUCAGUCGGAGGGGACGUCCUACUCCGCUCCAGUGUGCAGCUCCGACGACCUGACAGCAGACGACUCAUCGGUAGAAACGGUGCACCAGGCGCCUGUGCAGUACGUCAGUGUGACCAGCAGCCCGCUGGACCACUCUUACUCGCUGACCACCGGCACCACGUCCGCCGAGCUGCUGCGGAAACUGAAUGAGCAGCGGGACAUCAUCGCACUCAUGGAGGUGAAGAUGAAGGAGAUGAAGGCGACCAUCCGCCAACUCCGGGUGGCUGAGGCCAAGCUGCAGGAGGAGGUGCGGGAGCGGGACCGGCUGCUGUACGGCAAAUCGGUGGCUUUUGUUAGUGUCCGCAAUAAAAUGUGAUGGGUGAACAUCACCAGAGACUCAGACUGACAUCGAGGACGCUGAAGACCUAUUUUGUAUGAAACUACAAGCGAUGACAAUUUAUUUUCAACGAGUAGAGCUGGUUUUUCGUAGACCUGAUGUAAAAGAAGUUGACUGGCUAGUUAUGUAGCUGAUAGUAAUAAUCUCAUUGCUAAUCACCUGGAAACAUGAGCACUCUACUGUUGGCCUGCAGCUCAACCGAGGUCAAUAAUACCUAUUUUAUCCAUACAGAAGACUCGUAGUUUGCACUGACUUACAAGUUAGGCUGGUAUAUUUAUAACUUGACUGACAAGCAAGGUGCUCAAGACUGCCUAGUUGCAUAGAAAGUUUUUCUCCUUGAGAUUUCUUUUAAAAUGUUUUUAUAUUUUUAUUUUCUGACUGAAAUUUGGAGGUUGUUGCAAGAAGCAUCUCAAAACAGAUUGUAGAAGUUCAGGCGAAGUAAGCCAAGAUGGACUGUCCAUAGGAUCUGGUAACAAAACACUAUUGUUGGCACACUUAAAGGGUGUUAUUUCAUGAAAUAAAACUCUACCAUGUCUGUUUCUGAAUUCCCUUUAAAGAUAUCUUAGGUUAAUUUCCUUUUAUAUCCGUUGCUAAAUAUAUUCAUGCAGCAAAACAGACAUUUGAGGAAUCCUUUAAUGCUUGAAAGGGAACCCAAGGAUGAAAUCUUAGUUAAGGAUGUUACUUGAAGACAAGCAUUAAAUUACAUUUGUGCAACGAUUUUCCCCCCUAGGAAUCUUGAGUGAACUACAAAACAUUUGGUAGAGAUUUGUUAUGCAACUUGGACUUUUUUGACUGUCUCCAAGGUUGAUGUGAGAAGAAGCACCUGCUUGUUUCUGUGUGAUUCGUGACUUUAUGUGCCUGUUUAUGGUCAGAUGCUUUUCCACACAGACAUUUAGUGGCUGCAUCUCUCUGUCCUGUUCAUGAGUGCUUUAAGUGCAGGAUGUUACAUACAUUUCUGGC